AUGUAAACGCAAAACUUAUCAAAGCAAACAUUUUGACUUCAAAAAUUUAAAACGUGCCAGAUUGUCACGACUUACAUUAUAUAACAUUCUUGUGCAUAUUCAAAAUUACGUUAACGGUCAGAAUCACGCAUUUUACAAGCUUUACAAUUUAAUCUACGAAGCCAUACAUUAAACAUUUCGAUAAUGGAUUUUGACGAGCGAUCGUGGGAUGCAAUUCAUCACGCCGCCUUUGAAGGAUCCAAAAAACAAAUUGAGAAAAUUUUAGCAGAAUAUCCCGAAAGUAUAGAACACCUGACCGGCGGUAAAAGCAAGAACGGCACUAUCGGCUGUACCCCUCUGCUGUGUGGGGUCCUCGGAAACAAGCCAGAAGUCAUCCGCCAAUUACUGGAUUUUAAAGCGAAUAUAACAGCUGUGGAUGGAAAAGGGCGCAACGCAGUAGAAAUCGCAAUUAAGGAGCAAAACUCGGAAGUCUUUGAUUAUUUUUUCAAAGAGCAUAACGACAAACUGUAUCCAGUUCAAACGUUGAUGGACCAGCUGAAAUCUACAGACGAUUCGGUCGCUUUUAACGCAAUUAACUUCGUCGACGUUCUCUUGAGUCGUGAGGUGUCGCUUCAGCUCCUCUGGAAUGAAAUGAUGGAAAACGAUUUCGUCAAGAGUCUCAAGAAGAUUACUCAAAGUGAUAUCGGUUUAGGCCAGAAGAGCACAUGCUUGAACUGGGUGUUCAACUUGUGCAAACUGGAACCCUUCAGAAAUCUGUGCUUGGAAAAGUACGGAAUGGUUGAAUUCCUUCUCUCCCUCGCCAAAACAUUUAAAUCCAUCCAUGGAAAACAAGCUGCAAAUGAUCCUAGCUCCCAUUCUAAUGUACAACUACUGCCGUCUUUGUACCACCAGCUUUUCGAGGUUCUGGCAAAAUUAUCUCUUGACACUGAAAACGGGGUCAGGAAGCUACGAACUAAAGGUGGUAUAACGGUUCUCCUUGAAAACAUGUUGGACCCUAUGCUUGCAGAAGGAACUUUAUUGGUAUUAAUUAAAAUGCUAACACUACUGACGAACGAGGAAUGCUACGUCGCAAAACCGGCUCCGAAACCGGAAAAGGAUCAACAAGAAUUUGUUCAACCGGAAACAGAAGAAGACGAAAAUUCUGAAGAUGAAAAUACUUCGGAGCUGAAUGCAUCUCAUAACUCGGAAGACUCAUUCGGUUAUGAAAAGGAGCUGCUAAAAGUGAAAAAAGAAAUUCAAGAUGAGUUUAGAGGAUUCUCGAAAUUGGUUGAAAUUGUGAAGCUGUACGAGAAGUUCCCUAGUGAAACUAUGGUCGAGAAUUUGAAUACUAUGAUUCAGAAAAUCUGCGAGAAGAACAGAGAAAAUCAAACCUUGAUUGUAUCACAAGGACGCAUUACUGAAGCCCUCCUACAUCACGCCAAGAAUCAACGAGAAAAAAACACCCAGCUGUCUUGCAUCGACACACUCAAACUGUUGGUAUCCCAAAAUCCAGAGAGUCAGGAGAUUGCCAUAGCUCAAAACGCCAUACAGCCAAUUAAUCAAGUUCUGAAGAAGAGUAGACAGAACCGGGUACAGUUGUCGUGCAGCAGUGCUCUGUGGGCUCUGGCGGGGGACGAUGUGAAUCGGAAGCGACACAUUGGCGACUUGAUCGGCAUUCGACUGCUGUUGGACUACAUGAGUACUGAUGAAAACGAGUUGCUUCAAUUGGCCAGUGAGGGUUUGGCGCUCGCAUGUGAAGGUCCUUUCGGAAGAGCAGAGGAAAUAGGAAACCAAGGGGGCAUAAUUCCCCUCAACCGUCUGUUCCGAAACCAGGACGAGAGAAUUGUGAUAGGGGGGAUCAGAGCUAUGCGGAAGAUGGUGGCUGGAAUCGGACUGCUGCCUGUGAAAAGCAACCAGAAACACGUCUUGGACUCCAGAUCACACAAAUUUCUUCUGGCUCUGAUGAAGCACGGCAAAAGCGAAAUGGUACAAAUCGAGGCUGCCCUGACACUGUCCUACAUUUCACUGGGGAUUGACAAUUUCUACCAAGAAUUCGACGAGGAAAACGAAUUCUCCUACGCGCCUCUGCUCUAUUUGCUUUCCAUUCCCGAUUUGACUAAGCGAUGCAAAGUGGGAGCCGCUCUUGCAUGCUUCGGAUACAAUAAUAUUCAAGAGCAAGUUCAGAUCUCAAGAUACAGGGCAUUGCGCUUCAAGUACUUCAAACAAAUGCUUGAUUGCAAAGACUCGCCCUUAAUUCAGUGUAACGCAGCUUUCCAGGUUAUAAUUUUAUCCAAAAUUAUCGAAGAUGAAGACCCCGCAGUGUGUGCGGCUCAGGGAAUCAAACGGAUGAUUUCAAUUCUGGAAUCGUCUCAAGACGUUCCCGUGCAAGUUGCAGCUUGUGAGUGUAUCUGUAGACUAGCUAGAUCAUCUGAUUCGGGCGUUGCCGAUGCGAUGAUUGCCAUUGAUGUCGUGAAACACUUAGUUAAUCUAGUCACCUUCUCCGACGACACCCAUGUCAAGGGAACGGGCUCAAUAGCUCUUGGAUACUUAACCCUUCGAUUUUCAGGAUGGAGAAAACUCUUGGACUUAUGCAGGAAAAACGGAUCUAUUGUUGAUAUUAUUCAACCAUACUGUCAACAUCCCUACAAAAUAUCGGCUAAAUUUCUUCAGGAGUGGAAGCAUUACCAGCAAGUAUCCAAGUCAAGUUCAGGAGAGAAAUCUAGUAAAACUGAAAUACUGAAGCCUAUUGCUAUCAUGUAAAAUGUAAAUGAAAUUUUAAUUGCUAUCAAAUAAAAUGUAUUUGAAAAAAAAUCUUAAUCCUCGCAAUUUAUUUUUCAAUGAAAUCAUCAAA